UGCCUGGUCCCGUACCUACAAAAUCAUUAAAAGGAACUCCCUUUGAAGACAAGAUCUUCUUAAAUUGGAAAGAACCAAUGGACCCAAAUGGUAUCAUCACCCAAUAUGAGGUCAGUUACACUAGCAUACGAUCCUUUGAUCCUGCAGUUCCAGUUGCUGGGCCCCCUCAAACUGUGUCAAAAUUAUGGAACAGUACACACCAUGUUUUUCCCUAUCUACAUCCUGGGACUACCUAUCAGUUUUAUAUAAGGGCCAGCACUGUCAAAGGUUUUGGACCAGCUACAGCCAUCAACGUAACUACCAAUAUUUCAGCUCCCACAUUACCAGAUUAUGAAGGUAUUGAUGCUUUUCUCAAUGAAACAGCCACAACCAUAACUGUACUCCUGAGACCAGCACAAGCCAAAGGAGCGCCUAUCAGCGCCUAUCAGAUUGUUGUUGAAGAGCUACAUCCUCAUCGGACCAAACGAGAAACCGGUGCAAUGGAUUGCUACCAGAUUCCUGUCACAUAUCAAAAUGCCCUGAACAAUGGCUCGCCCUAUUAUUUUGCUGCAGAAUUGCCUCCUGGCAAUCUUCCAGAAGCAGCAGCUUUCACAGUUGGUGACAAUAGAACUUACCAAGGCUUCUGGAACCCACCUUUGGUGCCUCGGAAAGGGUAUAAUAUCUAUUUUCAAGCCAUGAGCAGUGUUGAAAAGGAGACCAAAACUCAGUGUGUUCGAAUUGCUACUAAAGUGUGCAUCAGCAAUAGGAUCUCUGGUUCCUUGGCCUUUUCAGGUGACCCUGAUAAACAUAUGCAGAAGCUGUUGCCCAGGCAACAGGAGCUGAUACAUUAUUAA